AUGUCACCUACCAUCCAGAACGACUUGAUAUGCGCAAUAGGCAAGUCCAUCAACAACGAAAUUACUAAAGAGUUGAACACGGCCCCGUUCUUCUCCUGGCAGAUUGAUGAAAUAACAGACAUCAGCUGUCAUUCCCAACUUUCUAUUAUGGCGAGAUUUGUGGACACCCAAGGCGUAAUUCAGGAACGCUUUCUGGGGUUUUUCGACGUGUCUAGUGGGCGAGAUGCGCGGUCAUUGUUUGAGUUUGUGCAGUCCGAAAUGACGCCUUACAAAUUCGCUGAAAAACUGGUUGCACAAACCUACGAUGGUGCUGCGGUGAUGGCCUCAGCCCUCAAUGUGCACGACAGCAUCAGAGCGCAGCUCACCCAGCGCUUCCAGCAGCUCGAUCGUCUGCAUUUCAUGGAGCUCUUAGACUUUGAAAAAUUCGACUCAUUUAAGGCAGCAUUCCCCACCAAGGCAUUAGCAAACCUUUUCGAGACAUACGGCCAUUUCUUUGAUGAGCCUAAAUUAAAAGCACAGGUGCAGCACUACUACAGUGACGAUGAGCUCCACUCCUCCAAAAAACUGUGCGAAGCCAUAAGCUUCAUGAAGUCCAACGGGCUAGAUGAGGCGAUGGCUGAGGUGUACAGUCUAAUGUCUCUGAUCGCAACUAUUGGUGCCACCUCAACAGGAGUCGAGAGGAGCUUCUCUUGCCUGAAACGGCAUCAGUUACACUGCGGUUCCAGUGGAGAGGAGUUUCGUGGAAAAACACAUUCUGCUGCCCUGACUACAGAGAGGCCGUACGUCUGCAGUCAGUGUGACAAGAGCUUUAAGAGAAAAGAUGAGCUCCAAAUCCACCAGCGUGUUCACACAGGGGAGAAACCAUUUUCAUGCACCGACUGUGGAAAGAGUUUCUCACAGUUUGCUAACCUCUGCACACAUCGUCGCAUUCACACUGGAGAGAAGCCGCACGCUUGCAGUCAGUGUGACCAGAGCUUUAAGAGAAAAGACAGGCUCCAAAUCCACCAGCGUGUUCACACAGGGGAGAAACCAUUUUUCUGCACAGAGUGUGGAAAGAGUUUCCUGCGGUCUUCUUCCCUCUAUGCACAUCGUCGCAUUCACACUGGAGAGAAACUGAAUGCUUGCAGUCAGUGUGACCAGAGCUUUACGACAAAACAAAGCCUCCAAAUCCACCAGCGCAUUCACACAGGGGAGAAACCAUUUUCAUGCACCGAAUGUGGAAAGAGUUUCUCAGAAUCUUCUAACCUCCACAAACAUCGUCACACUCACACUGGAGAGAGGCCUUAUGCUUGCAGUCAUUGUCACAAGAGCUUUAAGACAAAAUCAAACCUUCAAAUCCACCAGCGUAUUCACACUGGGGAGAAACCAUUUUCAUGCACCGACUGUGGAAAGAGUUUCUCACAGUCUUUUAACCUCCACUCACAUCGCCGCAUUCACACUGGAGAGAGGCCAUACACUUGCAGUCAGUGUGCCAAGAGCUUUCAGACAAAAACAAAGCUCCAAAUCCACCAGCGUGUUCACACUGGGGAGAAACCAUUUUCAUGCACCGACUGUGGAAAGAGCUUCUCACUGUUUGCUAACCUCAAGAGACAUCGUCGCAUUCACACUGGAGAGAGGCCGUAUGCUUGCAGUCAGUGUGACAAGAGUUUCUCAUGGUCUUCUCUCCUUAGGAAACACUUGUUGUCACACUUGAGAGAGUAAAUCAUUGCACCAAUCAAGACUGUUCGCUGUUAGCCCCAACAUCAAACCCUGGUUAACCAGAGAUGUCAAGCAACUCCUCAAUAAGAAAAAGACGCUUUUAAGGAGGGCAACUUGACAGAGCUGAGGAGUGUACAGUGAGAACUCAAAAGCAGACUGAAGGAGGCCAAGGUGGCAUACAGGAAGAAAGUUGAAACAACUAGAAGCACUCCGAGAGUGCAGACCUCCGCCAAGGAACUGCUUGAUAGAACAUUUGACUAUCUUACACCCUGUCUCUUUGCCUUCUUUUUGUGGAGUUAGAAUCUGGAAUGUUCCUGCUGACAGACAAACAGACAGACAAACAAACAAACAGACAGAGAGACAGACAGACAAACCAACUCGACCGGAAACAUUACAUAAAAAAACCCGUUGGACAGUGCUAAAGAGGCAGGGGGGUGUUAUUGAAUCGAAUCGUGAAUGGAGUUUUUUUGUGAAAAAAAAUCUAAAUUUUAUUUUUAGGGUGAAUUGCCCAGCCCUACGUUAUACAUUAAUGUUGUAUGUGGACCAACUGUAAUACACAUUUGAAAUGA